AUGUCGGCGGACAACAAAAUGUCUAGUGAAACCGCAAAUAAAAAUUUUUCUAAUCUGGAAACCCCGGGCUAUGUGGGCUUUGCAAACCUGCCAAACCAAGUGCACCGUAAAUCUGUGAAGAAAGGCUUUGAGUUUACGCUCAUGGUAGUCGGUGAGAGUGGACUUGGCAAAUCUACACUUGUUAACUCUUUGUUCCUGACUGACUUGUACCCGGAGCGGAUUAUACCAGAUGCUAUAGAGAAAACAAACCAAACUGUGAAACUUGACGCAUCUACUGUGGAGAUCGAAGAGAGAGGUGUGAAACUUCGCCUUACAGUCGUCGACACGCCUGGAUAUGGAGAUGCUAUCGACAACACUGACUGCUUUCGUUCAAUAAUUCAAUACAUCGACGAACAAUUUGAGAGAUUUCUCCGCGACGAGAGUGGUCUUAAUCGGCGUAACAUUGUGGAUAACCGCAUUCAUUGCUGCUUUUACUUCAUAUCGCCGUUUGGACACGGAUUGAAGCCGCUAGACAUCGAGUUUAUGAAACAGCUCCAUAACAAAGUGAAUAUCGUUCCUGUCAUCGCUAAGGCUGACUGUCUCACUAAGAAAGAAGUGCAGAGGCUCAAGUCUCGAGUAAUGGAAGAAAUCGAGCGUGAGGGUAUCAAGAUUUAUCCGCUGCCAGAUUGCGACAGCGAUGAAGACGAAGACUACAAGGAACAGGUCCGCCAACUAAAAGCAGCUGUGCCAUUUGCGGUGUGCGGCGCCGGCCAGCAGUUGGAAGUACGCGGCCGAAGAGUUCGCGGAAGACUGUACCCUUGGGGGGUGGUUGAAGUGGAGAACCCGGAGCAUUGCGAUUUUAUCAAACUACGAACCAUGCUCAUAACUCACAUGCAGGAUCUUCAAGAGGUGACCCAAGAGGUUCACUACGAGAAUUAUCGCUCCGAACGACUAGCGCGCAGCGGACAAGUGCCAAAACGACACACGUCAACGGAGAGUGGAUUAAGUGAGGCUGAAUCUAAUGGGCUGUCAAAUGGAUCUGAGGAUACUUCCAAUCGCGAACGUGUACUCCGUGAGAAGGAAGCAGAACUUCGUCGCAUGCAAGAGAUGCUGGAACAGAUGCAGCGCCAGAUGCAACUGCAGGCCGCCACAACCACCAGCACUACUUCUACUGCAUAG